AUGAAGCUUUUAUUCAUCGCUGCUUUUCUUUCUCUACCAUAUGCAGCACCGUCGAAAAAGCCUCCUGAGAGUUUCAAUAUUACAAUUCUGCACACUAAUGAUAUCCAUUCUCAUUUUCUUCAAAGCGACAAGAGAGGCGGAAACUGCACCGAAGAAAAGGCAGGGAAUAAUUCAUGCUUCGGCGGGGUGGCCAGAAUCCUUACAAAGGUGAGAGAAAUAAAGAAGCAGGAAGAAAACACGUUCUUCUUCAACGCUGGAGAUUUCUAUCAAGGAACAGUCUGGUAUACCGUCCUGAAGUACAAUAUCGUGUCUGUGGCAAUGGAGAACAUGAUGUACGAUGCUGUGUGCUUGGGGAACCACGAGUUCGACGAUGGACCUGAAGGUCUCGCUCCCUUUCUCAAAAGAAUGAAAAGCGCUAAUGUGACUGUUUUGGGAACAAACCUUGAGACAAAGGAUGAACCAAAAUUAAAUGGAAUUGAAGUACUGAAAUCAGUAGUGUACGAUAUUAAUGGCGUGAAGAUGGGAGUAAUGGGUGUCGUCACGACGGAAACAUUAACAAUUGCUAAACCAGGUAAUAUUGAAAUUUUGGACGAGAUUCAAAGUGUUAAAAAAGAAAUACAGAAUUUAAAGAAGCAACACGUUAAAAUCUUCGCUCUUAUAAGUCACGUUGGUUACCAGAAGGAUAAGCAAAUUGCCGAAGAAGUGGAAGAGUUGCAUUUUAUUGUGGGUGGUCAUACUAACACAUUUCUGUACAACGGAACAGAUAAAAAAGGCCCCGGAGGAGAGACUAUAGAGGGGGAUUAUCCGACCGUCGUAAAAAGGAAUGAAAAAGUAGCCCUCGUGACACAAGACUACUGGUUUGGAAAAUAUUUGGGUUAUCUGAAGCUACAAUUCAGUAGCAAAGGAGAGCUGAAAGGAUGGCAGGGAAAUCCUAUUCUGCUGAAUCAAAGCGUUGAAGAAGAUAAAUGCAUGCUUGAGAUAUUGGAACCGUUCAAAGAGGAGGUUCGGAAGGCGGGCGAAGAAUACAUCGGAAUUUCCAAGGUUGAGCUGGAAGCGGACAACAAGACCUGCCGUCUGAAAGAAUGCAACAUGGUGAAUCUCAUCGCCGACUCGUUUUUGGCCUAUUACGCUGAUAGGAACAGCACUACUCCCAAAGCCUGGUCGAACGUUAACGCUGCUGUUGUGAAUGCUGGCAUCACCAGGACGUCUAUUCAGCAAGGUAUUAUACGCCGAAGAGACAUCAUGGCCGCAAUGCCAUUUGAAAGCUCUCUAGUGGUGUUCACAAUGAACGGAACUCAGCUGCGAAAAAUGCUCGAACAUGGUGUAUCGAAGUUCACUUGGUUUAAAGACCCCGAGGGAUCCUUUCUUCAGGUGUCAGGAAUGAGAGUGGUCUACGAUUUCAAAAAUACAAAUAGCUCUGAGAAUGUCACUCUUCAAAUUUUAUGUGCUAACUGCAGUAUACCUAAGUACGAGCCUGUUGAUCCCGAGAAAACUUACAAGAUUGUGACCACAAGUUUCAUCGCGGGAGGAGGUGACGGAUUCAAAUUUGAUAAAGAGGUACUACAGUCGAAGGAGACAGAGGGACGAAUGGAUGUAGAAGUGUUCACUGAUUACGUUCGGAAGAUGUCACCGAUAAAGACGCCAGAAGAGGGAAGGGUGAUCAUGCUAAACAACGAUAGACCAGCUGGCUCAAAUUCAGGGGGACUUUAUCCUGGUAGCUUGAGGAUCUAG